AUGGCUCGCUUGAUCGUUACUCUGUUGGCGGUCGCGGCUGUUGUUCCGUAUGUGCAGGCUGACUAUUGCUGCUCCGCCCUGGCACUCACUUCCUUGAGAAGUCGCCUGCUAUUCCCCGGUCAAGACGCGUACGAGACGCGGGAGGACUCUUACUUCGACGUGAAGCAGCAAGUCAUCACACCCAAUUGCAUCGUCCAACCCAAGACAGCCAAGGAAGUCGCACUUGCUGUCAAAACUCUUACAGCCGCCAGUCUACUGAAGUCGUGCAAAUUUGCGAUCCGCAGUGCUGGUCACACUCCCUACGCUGGAGCCUCGAAUAUCGAGCAUGGCGUCACUCUCGAUUUGCAUUACCUCAACACCGUUCAGUAUGAUGCUCAAAACACUCUCGUCAAGGUUGGUCCUGCGGCGACGUGGGACGACGUAUACAACGUUCUUGAACCUCUCAAUGUGAUGACGAGCGGUGGGCGUUCAUCUACAGUCGGAGUCGGCGGCCUUACACUUGGUGGUGGUAUCUCAUACUUCUCGCCAGGACGGGGCUUGGUCUGCGAUAACGUGAUCGAAUUCGAAGUCGUUCUUGCCGAUGGUCGUAUUGUGACCGCCUCCAAGACCUCCUAUCCCGACCUCUUUGCUGCCCUCAAAGGCGGCAACAAUAACUUCGGCGUCGUCACUAGCUUCAAGUUUGGUACCUUUGACUACACCGGCCUCUGGGGUGGCCUUGUCAUCUACCCGGAAUCGACCAUACAAGACCACUUCAAGGCCCUCAUCAAUUUCUCCAACAACAUCGACAAACAACCCAAGGGUUCGGCCAUCGUCAUGCCGGUAUACCAAAGCUCCGCAGGUGCUGAUUUGAUCUUGAAUGCGUAUGAUUAUGCUGAGCCAGUACCAAGACCGGCAGCCUACGAUGAGUUUCUAGCGAUUCCUGGCAACAUUUCCGAUACCACAGGAAUUAGGAACAUGUCGUCGCUGGCGGCAGAGCUUGCAGGUGCUACAACCCAUAGCGUAUACUUUGGCACACUCACUUUCGCCAAUGACCUCCGCGUUAUGACUAAAGCGCAUGAAAUUUACAUGGACGUACUCUCCAACCUCAAAGCCAAAGCGACGGGCGACUGGCAGAUCUACGUUCUUUACCAACCUCUUCCGCCUUCGUACUGGCGGCAGAGCGCCUCUAAAGGUGGUAACAUGCUGGGUCUGGAACGUUUCGGCGAACAAGUGUUGUGUCUCUACCAACCCUACAUCUCUUGGCAAGGCGCAGAACAAGAUGCCCUCUUCCAAGGCGCAGGCGCAGAUCUCGUUAACCGGAUUCGCGAGUAUGCUGAGAGUAUCGGCGCUGACAACCCAUAUCUCUACCUGAACUAUGCGGAUAACACACAGGAUCCGCUGGCCAGUUAUGGCUCCGAGAAUGUGAAGAAGAUGAAGGCGGCGGCAAAGAAGUAUGAUCCUUCUGGUGUUUUCCAAAAGCUUGUACCGGGUGGCUUUAAGAUCUCGAACGUUCGAUAG